GACACGGGCAUGCGCACAACAAAGCGGGCGUGUUUUAAAUCAGAUCCGCCCACAUUAAAGGAUGCCUGAAACUGCGCAGGGCAAAAGCGACCCUUUAACCGGGCUGGACAGCAACAGUCCUGGAGCGCCAGUUGACCAACGAGAGCAAGAAAUCACUCAGAAAAAGAGCAGAAGUUCACCGAAGUUUCCCAGUAUUCAUCAUGGAGGAGAAAAAGGAGGAGAGCGAAGCGGAGAUCCACGAACACGGACCCGAACAUUGGUUCUCCAAGUGGGAGCGCCAGUGCCUCGUGGAGGCCGAGAGGGAAGACCCGACCGAGGAGGAGGUGGACCAGAACCAGGAGAAACUCUGGCAUCUCUUCCAGAAUUCUGCUACGGCGGUGGCGCAACUUUAUAAAGACAGAGUCUGUCAUCAGCAAGGACUGUCAUUGUGGUCUCCAUUUCAGAACGCUGCAACAGCAGUGACUAAUCUUUACAAAGAGAGUGUAGAUGCACACAAGAGGAGCUUUGACUUAGGAAUCCAGAUUGGUCAUCAGCGACGUAAUAAAGAUGUUUUGGCCUGGGUAAAAAAGCGAAGGAGAACUAUACGAAGGGAGGAUUUGAUAAGUUUCCUCUGUGGUAAAGCGCCACCACCAAGGACUUCUAGAGCAGCCCCCAAACUGACUGUCAUGUCUCCCAACCGACCACCAUCAUCAGACACAGUAUCAUCUGUAGAGACUGAUUUACAGCCGUUCUGUGAGGCCAUAGCACUACAUGGUCUAAGUGGUGCAAUGGCCAGCAUCAGCGUCCGCUCAAGCACUCCCGGCUCUCCAACUCAUGUCAGUGGCAGCUCAAAUGCAGGGCGCAGAAGGAACGGACUGCACGAUGUGGACUUGAACACUUUUAUAUCAGAGGAGAUGGCCCUCCACCUCGGCAGCGCAGGCACCAGGAAGCGGACCUCGGUCCAGUGCGCCGAUGUCAUCACAGACUCCCCAACCCAUAAACGCAACAGAAUGCUCUGAACUCACUUGUUGUUCUCUAUGCUUUGUGCUGUUUAAAAUAAAAGCCACUUGAUCCUCAACACUUGCGUUUCCUCAAAAAGGAAACAAGGGGUGCAGUACACGUGCAUAUUCAAUACAGGAUGCCAUACAGUGGAGGCUAGUUCAAACCGCUCCAUGCAUGUUGAUUUUUAUGUUUGUUCGUUUUUUUUUUGCAGUCGCCACACCACAGUCAAGUGACUGUAUUAUCUUUUUGAGUUGUAUGCUAUCAGUCCUCAUUUUAUUGAAAACAUAUUAACUAAAACAUUACAACAACUAAUAGGCUAUUUUUAAGUUCACAAUAUCUCCUAGUUGGCUUCCUAGUAUUGCCAAGCUAAUAACUCAAUGUUUGUUUUCAGAUAAAGGUGACGGCAUCACACUCUUAAAAAUAAAAGUGCUUCACGAUGCCAUAGAAGAUCCUUUUAUCUAAAUGGUUCCAUAAAAAACCUUUCACACCUGAAGAACUUUUCUGUUUCACAAAAGGUUCUUUGUGGCAAAAGAAGGUUCUUCAGAUUAUAAAAAGGUAAGAAAGAAAUGGUUCUUUAAAGAACCUUUGACUGAAUGGUUCUUUGUGGAACCAAAAAUAGUUCUAUGGCAUCGCUGUGAAGAACCCUUUAAGCACUUUUAUUUUUUAAGAGUGUAGCUCAUUUCCCAUCAGGAAAUUUGUCAGUUCUCCUUUGCACACUCAUUGAAUCGCAGUUGUGUUGUGCAACAUUAUUAGUCAUACUUGAAACUGCUGCUGAUCUAUAUGUUUGUGUUAUGUUGAGAAAGUUGCAAUAAUGAUUUUGCACUAAUACUUUUUUUUUUAAAUGAACCAUAUAGACAUCAAAAGAAAGGCAAAAUAAGUGAGGCUUAUGAUACAAUGGUGCAAUUGUUUUACAUUUCAAGGCUGUUGUGAUUUGAUUUAGGGGUUAGGUGAAUCUUUGUGCUGUAAGAAUGAUGUUCAGCAGAGCUUUCUCUCAGGAGAGGUACGGAAGUAGAGAAAAACUGUCAUCUUGAAAUGGAAGAGUCGUAUAAGUGCUUUUCAAACCCAUGUCAGAGGAUUUGGAGAGCUGCACGUGUACAGUCCAGCUUUGUGCUGAUGUAUGGAAGUCAAGCUGUACUUUGACCCCCUUAAAAGUAGAAAUAUAAGUUAAUAUGAGCUCCUAGGUAAUGAAAGUGUGUGCUCUUUUUGCUGAUGCACUAAUAUACCACUCUUGAUUUAACAUGAUGGGUUGUCUAUUUCUUAUAUAAGAUACUUUAGAUAGGAAGGCCAGUCAGUCCUCACGCUGACAUAGAUUGAGUGUUUGGCAUGUCGGGUAACUCUGGUGGUGGGAAUCAUGAUGUGGAGUGUAUUUUCUGUCAUUUCCCAAUCAAAUUGCUUCAUGCAUACAUAUUUAAUUACAAAUGUUUCAGAACCAGUUUGAUUUGUUUCUGUAAUAUGAAUAUUGGCUAUUUGGUUAUUGAUUUCAUGACUAAUUCCAUAAACAUUUUUUUUCAUAAAUUAACAUGGAUCUAAUAUUGAUUGCUCUGAAAAUGAAGUGUUUAUCGUUGAUUGAAUUGUCACGCAAUGCAUUUUGUUAAUUUAAAAGUCAGGAUGUAAAGCUAACAUUUUGUUAAUGUCGGGUUUGAAAGUAUAUUAGUCUUUUAUCCAAAACAUCAUAAUGGAACCACAGUUGCCAUUUUCGAAAAACUUGCUUAAGUUACAGGCUAAGUUAUUAAAGUUACAUUUGUAUAUUCA